AUGGCUGUAGUUCGAUACGGCAAUCCGUUCGGGCGGAGUGUGUUCCAUAGAAAAGCUUCUAGUUCUAUCGUACGAUGGGUUUUGGUUCUCGGUUUAAUGGUGCUUCCAAUGGUGGCCGGUGAAGCACGUAUUACUUUCGGCGGUUACGAGAGUGUUUUUGCAAUCGAUGAAGAGGAUGGUAUGCUGGAAACGCCCGAACUGAUCCGUAAAUAUGGAUACCCAAUAGAACAGCACGAAGUCAUCACCGACGACGGAUACGUUCUAGCGUUAACGAGAAUUCCCUCCAAGGCUAAUUCAACCAACCGUUCCCCUCCGGUUCUGCUAGUCCACGGAUUGUUUGCCAGUUCAGCUGACUUUCUUAUCAUUGGGCCCAACAAUAGCCUUGCCUAUCUGCUCGCCGACCACGGUUACGAUGUGUGGCUGGCAGAUCUGCGCGGUAAUCGAUACUCUCGUCGGCACACUAGAAUGUCGCCAGACUCACGGUCCUACUGGGACUACAGCUGGCACGAGAUGGGUUAUUACGAUCUACCGGCCACGAUCGAUCACAUCCUGCACGUAACUGGUGUGAGCCGUCUGCAUUACAUCGGAUAUUCGCAAGGUACGACCGUAUUCUUCGUGAUGGCUUCCAGUCGACCAGCGUACAAUGAGAAAAUCGUCCGCAUGUACGCUCUCUCGCCGGCUGUCUAUGUGGAGCACGUGCGUAGUCCGAUCUUUCGAUGGCUGGCGGUAAACAGUGCCGCCGUCAAGUGUUUCCUGGACACGAUGGGACUGUGGCAAGUAUUGCCCCACAAUAAGGCACAGUACGCACUGCAAAGGACACUCUGUCCGGCAUGGAAGACGAGGAGCAUUUGCGUCCAAUUGGUGGAACAGCUAGUAGGUCCUAAUCCCAACGGAACGGAUCGGCUAGCCCAACACAUCGUUGCCGGUCACAAUCCAUCGGGAGCGUCGAGCAAACAGUUGCUACACUUUGCCCAGCUGAACCUUAGUGGACGCUUUCAGCAGUUUGACUACGAGCGAAAGGAGCAGAAUCUCGCUCACUACGGACGGGAGAAUCCACCGAGUUACAAUUUGACCACCGUUACAGCGCCGGUCGUAAUAUUUUACGGACUAAACGAUUGGAUGGUAGAUCCAGCCAAUGUGAUACGGUUAGCGAAUGAGCUGCCAAAUCUAGUGUUCAAGAGCGCCGUAGAAGAUCCACAUUUUAACCAUCUUGAUUUUGUGACGGCGAAACGUGUACGAGCACUUGUGUACGAGAAGAUUCUCAAUCAGCUGCCUGAGGCGAGCUGA